UUCCGGGCGCGGCCUUGGGGAUGUGGCGUUCGGCCCGCGCGCUGAGGGUGCGCGCCGUGAAGUGCCGCGCGUUUCCCGAACCCCGGAGCGGGCCUGUCGCCUUCAUGUCCACCCUGCUGAUCCACCAGCCCCAGUUUGCUUGGCUCAAGGAGCUGGGGCUGGGCGAGGAAAACGAGGGCGUGUACAACGGGAGCUGGGGCGGUCGGGGAGAGGUUAUUACAACCUAUUGUCCUGCUAACAAUGAGCCAAUAGCAAGAGUUCGACAGGCCAGUAUGGCAGACUAUGAAGAAACUGUGAAGAAAGCAAGAGAGGCUUGGAAAGUCUGGGCAGAUAUUCCUGCUCCAAAGCGUGGAGAGAUCGUAAGACAGAUUGGAGAUGCCUUACGAGAGAAGAUCCAAGUUCUGGGAAGCUUGGUGUCCUUGGAGAUGGGCAAGAUCUUAGUGGAAGGUGUGGGGGAGGUUCAGGAGUACGUGGACGUUUGUGACUAUGCCGUGGGCUUGUCCAGGAUGAUUGGAGGACCCAUCCUACCUUCAGAAAGACCUGGCCACGCCCUCAUCGAGCAGUGGAAUCCUUUAGGCCUGGUGGGAAUCAUUACUGCAUUCAAUUUCCCUGUGGCAGUGUAUGGCUGGAACAAUGCCAUCGCCAUGAUUGCUGGAAACGUCUGCCUUUGGAAAGGAGCGCCAACGACUUCGCUCACCAGCGUAGCAGUCACUAAGAUAGUGUCCAAAGUUCUGGAGAACAACAAGCUGCCGGGUGCAAUUUGUUCUUUGACAUGUGGCGGAGCAGACAUUGGCACAGCCAUGGCCAGAGACGAGCGAGUGAGCCUGCUGUCCUUCACCGGGAGCACUCAGGUGGGGAAGCAGGUGGCCCUCAUGGUCCAGGAGAGGUUUGGGAAAAGUUUGUUAGAACUUGGAGGGAACAAUGCAAUUAUUGCUUUUGAGGAUGCAGACCUCAGCUUAGUUGUUCCAUCUGCCCUCUUUGCUGCCGUGGGGACUGCUGGCCAGAGGUGUACCACUGCAAGACGACUGUUUCUGCACGAAGGUAUCCAUGAUGAGGUGGUAAACAGACUUAAAAAGGCCUACGCACAGAUCCGUGUUGGGAACCCAUGGGACUCGGAGGUUCUCUACGGGCCCCUCCACACCCAGCAGGCAGUGAGCAUGUUUCUUGGAGCUGUGGAAGAAGCUAAGAAGGCGGGAGGCACCGUGGUGUAUGGCGGCAAGGUGAUGAACCGCCCUGGGAAUUACGUGGAGCCUACCAUCGUGACAGGCCUUGCCCACGAUGCGGCCAUCGCGCACACGGAGACGUUUGCUCCCAUUCUCUAUGUCUUCAAAUUCAAGAAUGAAGAGGAGGUGUUUGCAUGGAAUAAUGAAGUGAAACAGGGACUUUCUAGUAGCAUCUUUACCAAGGAUCUGGGCAGAAUCUUCCGCUGGCUUGGACCUAAAGGUUCAGACUGCGGCAUUGUGAAUGUCAACAUUCCAACCAGUGGUGCUGAGAUCGGAGGCGCAUUUGGGGGAGAGAAGCACACAGGCGGGGGCAGGGAGUCCGGCAGCGACGCCUGGAAGCAGUACAUGAGACGCUCCACCUGCACCAUCAACUACAGCAAGGACCUUCCACUAGCCCAGGGAAUCAAGUUUCAGUGACGCGGUUCACAUGAGUUGGGUAUACUGAGGCAUUCCUGCAGCUGCGCCAAGGAAGACCAACCAAGAAAAUGGGGAUUUACCCUGAAUAAAUGCAGCUUUUGGAACAUGA